AUGAGCGGCACCGCCAUCGCCAACUUCUAUACUCCAUCACCGGUGUACGCGCAGCUGGUGGCGAACAUGUUCUUAACUAAUGUCGGGAUCAACUCAACGGACCCAGAACAAGUUCACCAGCAACUGGUGGACCUACCGAUCGAGAGGAUCAUGGAGGCCAACAAACAGAUACAGAACUACUUCGGUCUCACGGUGUUCACACCAGUCGUGGAGUCAGUCUUCCCGGGAGUCACCGCCGUGGUAGAACACGACCCGGAAGUUCUCAUGUCUAAAGGUUGUGGCAACCAUAUACCGUUAAUAAUAGGCUUCACGAGCUCCGAGUGCGAACUUUUCAGGCGGAGCUUUCAAAAUAUUAAUAUACUGGGACGCAUAAAGGACAAUCCUUUCAUAUUGGUGCCGAUAAAACUACUGUACGGCCUGCCGCCGCAGAACGCGUCCCAGGCUCUGAAGAAGAUACGGGAACGAUACUUCAUCGGGGAACCGACCAUGGAUGAAUACGUCAGGUACGCUUCGGAUGUCUAUCACAUUCAGCCUGCGAUCAAAGUGGCGAGCACGAGGAGGAUGCUGGGAGGAGCGCCCGCAUAUUUAUACGAGUUCUCGUACCAUCCAGACUUUAGUGUAACAGGACAAGUUACCGGGUUAAAUUACAAGGGAGCCGAGCAUAUUGACGAUUUAACUUUCCUGUUUCGAGCGAAGGCUUUCGAAGGAUCGAACGGUUUCUCACCGCUGUCACAGAGUGACCAGUCCAUGGUUCACAGGAUGACCACUAUAGUUAAAAACUUCAUGGAGGACCGUGAUCCAUGGCAUCCAGUGUCCAACAGCCCCGAGCUCGAGUGCCAGGUCAUCGACCGACCAGAGGUCUAUCAAUCCAGAGGACUGACCAAACAACUGAAGGAAAUGGUGGAAUUCUUUGAUAGUUUGUAG